GGGAGGGGAGGCAGGAAGAGGGCAGCCGCAGGCAGGGCCAGGUGGCUGGAUCCGGUGCUGGCUGCGCCGCGCCGCCCUCGGUUCCUACGGCCUCUCGCGCGCUGAGGGCGCCCGGCUGGGCCGGGCCGGCGGCCGGAGGGGAGGCUCCUCUCCAUGGUCCAGAAGACCAGCAUGUCGCGGGGCCCUUACCCACCCUCCCAGGAGAUCCCCAUGGAGGUCUUCGACCCCAGCCCACAGGGCAAAUACAGCAAGAGGAAAGGCCGGUUCAAAAGGUCGGAUGGGAGCACGUCCUCGGACACAACAUCCAACAGCUUUGUGCGCCAGGGCUCAGCGGAGUCCUACACCAGCCGUCCAUCGGACUCUGAUGUGUCUCUGGAAGAGGACCGGGAAGCCUUAAGGAAGGAGGCAGAGCGCCAGGCAUUAGCCCAGCUUGAGAAAGCCAAGACCAAGCCGGUGGCAUUUGCUGUUCGGACAAAUGUCGGCUACAACCCAUCUCCAGGGGAUGAGGUGCCUGUGCAGGGAGUGGCCAUCACCUUCGAGCCCAAGGACUUCCUGCACAUCAAAGAGAAAUACAAUAAUGACUGGUGGAUCGGGCGGCUGGUAAAGGAGGGCUGUGAGGUUGGCUUCAUCCCUAGCCCGGUCAAACUGGACAGCCUGCGUCUGCUGCAGGAACAGAAGCUGCGCCAGAACCGCCUCAGCUCCAGCAAAUCAGGUGACAACUCCAGCUCCAGUCUGGGAGACGUGGUGACUGGCACCCGCCGCCCCACACCCCCUGCCAGUGGUAAUGAAAUGACUAACUUAGCAUUUGAACUAGACCCCCUAGAGUUAGAGGACGAGGAGGCUGAGCUUGGGGAGCCUGGUGGCUCUGCCAAGACUAGUGUUAGCAGUGUCACCACCCCGUCGCCCCAUGGCAAACGCAUCUCCUUCUUCAAGAAGACAGAGCAUGUGCCCCCCUAUGACGUGGUGCCUUCCAUGAGGCCCAUCAUCCUGGUGGGACCGUCGCUCAAGGGCUAUGAGGUUACAGACAUGAUGCAGAAAGCUUUGUUUGACUUCUUGAAGCAUCGGUUUGAUGGCAGGAUCUCCAUCACUCGGGUGACAGCGGACAUUUCCCUGGCUAAGCGCUCAGUCCUCAACAACCCCAGCAAACACAUCAUCAUUGAGCGCUCCAACACACGCUCCAGCCUGGCUGAGGUUCAGAGCGAGAUCGAGCGAAUCUUCGAGCUGGCCCGGACCCUUCAGUUGGUUGCUCUGGACGCUGACACCAUCAACCACCCGGCCCAACUCUCCAAGACCUCACUGGCCCCCAUCAUUGUUUACAUCAAGAUCACCUCUCCCAAGGUACUUCAGAGGCUCAUCAAGUCUCGAGGGAAGUCUCAGUCCAAACACCUCAAUGUGCAAAUAGCGGCCUCGGAGAAGCUGGCGCAGUGUCCGCCUGAAAUGUUUGACAUCAUCCUGGAUGAGAACCAAUUGGAGGAUGCCUGUGAGCACUUGGCCGAAUACUUGGAAGCCUAUUGGAAGGCCACACACCCGCCCAGCAGCACUCCACCUAACCCACUGCUGAACCGCACCAUGGCUACUGCAGCCCUGGCUGCCAGCCCUGCCCCUGUCUCCAACCUCCAGGGACCCUACCUUGCUUCUGGGGACCAGUCGCUGGACCGGGCCACCGGGGAGCAUGCCAGCGUGCACGAGUACCCGGGGGAGCUGGGCCAGCCCCCAGGCCUUUACCCCAGCAGCCACCCACCAGGCCGGGUGGGCACCGUGCGGGCGCUGUCCCGCCAAGACACGUUUGACGCCGACGCCUCUGGCAACCGAAAUUCCGCCUACACCGAGCUGGGAGACUCGUGCGUGGACAUGGAGACUGACCCCUCCGAGGGGCCAGGGCUGGGAGACCCCGCAGGGGGCAGCACCCCACCAGCUCGGCAGGGAUCCUGGGAGGAUGAAGAAGACGACUACGAAGAGGAGCUGACUGACAACCGGAAUCGGGGCCGGAACAAGGCCCGCUACUGCGCGGAGGGCGGGGGCCCGGUGCUGGGGCGCAACAAGAACGAGCUGGAGGGCUGGGGGCGGGGUGUUUACAUCCGCUGAGAGGCCGGCCGCUCUGGGAGGAAGGACUCCGCCCCGGCAGGGCAGGUACAGCUCGCUCUCCACCGGGAUGUAUCUUACCUCCAGGGGGCGCUUCUCUUUCAGAUGCCUUUGCUCAGUGUUGGGGUUUUCGGUUUUUUUUGUUUUUAGGUGGUAGCAUCCCAGCUCCUGGGAAGUCCCUUCAGCUCCAGCUGUAGGUUUUUAUCUGCCUCUGGUGCAUGGAGGGGGGGUGCCCACCUGUCUGCAGUGUCUCCUUUUCCCCGCCUCAGGGGGUCUCUCUCCCCUCGCUCUCCCAGAGAAAAGGUGCGCUUCGUAGCUCUUUCUACUUGGGACUCUAAAUGGGGUGGCCCUUUUUCCAACCUGGAGAAUCUGGGAAGGGUAGGGGGCUUUUCCUGGAGAGAGAGAGAGACCACAGGCUCUCCGAUGAGUGUUCUCUUCCCAAACUCCAGGCCCGGGGUCCCUCAUCAUGCCCAGCCCUCCCCACCCCCUCUCCCCCCAGCUUUCUGGCAGCAUCGUCUGGUAGGAGGAAGCUCCCGGCUGGAAGCCCCUUGGGGAGGUGUCUGGGUAGAAACUGAUGGGCAUCAGAUGUAGUGCCAUCUGCCCACCCAGGACCUAACCCUGAGGAGUGGGCAAUC